AUGGAGGGAGUUCAACAUGGCUCUAAUUACUCUUUUCCACCUGGUUUCAGGUUCCAUCCAUCGGAUGAGGAGCUCAUAGUUCAUUACUUGCAAAACAAAAUCACCUCACGUCCACUUCCAGCAUCCAUUAUAGCUGAAAUAGAUCUGUAUAAGUAUAAUCCAUGGGAGUUACCUAAUAAGUCGUUGUUUGGGGAGGAAGAAUGGUAUUUCUUUAGCCCAAGAGACAGAAAGUACCCAAAUGGAUUGAGGCCAAACAGAGCCGCAGCUUCUGGAUACUGGAAGGCAACUGGAACUGACAAGCCAAUUAUUUCUUCUUGUGGGUCAAAGCGCAUUGGGGUGAAGAAAGCUUUGGUGUUUUAUUCAGGUCGACCUCCUAAGGGAGCUAAGACGGAUUGGAUCAUGAAUGAAUAUAGAUUGGUUGACACAGCCACCAAAUCCUCCAAGAUAAAAGGUUCCAUGCGGUUGGAUGACUGGGUACUAUGCCGGGUUCGACAUAAAGGCUACACAUCGAAGAUUUUAUAUGAAAAUCAAGAGAAUCUUAGCGAACUAAACUUGCCAGAAAAACUAACGAGGAAUGAAGAAUACGCAACAAACACAAACUUUCCCUCUGACAUGAUCACUGAUUAUCAGUACAAAGACUAUCAGAUCAUAGCCUCUAUUCUUGUUGGUGGACCUAUAGCUCCCACUGAAAACAUGUCAAAUCUGAGCUUCAACGGGUGCAAAAGCAACAAUCUAGAUUCAGUUUAUGAAGAUGGUUUCAACAAAGUGAAUUCUCAAGCCACAACUCCUUCUUUGGACACUUACUUCAACUCACUGACUAGAAAAUCUAACGAAGAUGAUCCGUAUGAAAAUCUCAUUUCUUUUAACAGGAAGUUCAACACUGAGAUCAAAAUAGACGAAUCGCCUGAGAAAGUGUUGACCACUAGAGAAUUGAACUGCUAUAACCGAAAUCAGUCUCAAGAUCACAUUUUCAAUGGGAACCCACAAGAUCCUAGUAUCAAUUUUCAAGAGCUAAACGAAUUAGCCUUCACUGGCAGGUACCCACAGUGA